UAUCUAGUUGGCAUCAUUCCCGGUCCCUCUAAACCGUCACUCAAUCAAGUGAACCAUUUUCUAGAGCCCCUCAUUGAUGACCUUUUGGCAUUCUGGGACCCAGGAGUUUUCUUCAGUCGCACCGCAUCAUAUCCUAAGGGACGAUUGGUUCACUGUGCAGUCAUACCUUUAGUGUGUGAUCUACCAGCAGCACGGCAGGUUUCUGGUCAUGGCUCCUACAGUGCCUCAUUCUUCUGCAGCUUCUGCAAGCUCAGACUUGAAGAUAUCGAAAAUUUUGACAGUAACACGUGGCCGAAACGCGAUCCUAUGGAGCACCGUAAGCAUGCAGAAGAAUGGAGAAAAGCAAAUUCCUAUGAGGCUCGUGCAAGCAUAUUCAAAGCGCAUGGUGUAAGAUGGUCCCAGUUGCUUAAACUUCCUUAUUGGGAUCCCAUAGCAUUCACCGUCGUGGACACAAUGCAUAAUCAAUACCUGGGUCUCAUCAGAACUCAUUGCAAAGAGAUCUGGGGCAUGAACAUUGAAGUGGAAGAUGGGGAUGGGAUGUAUGUUCAUGCUCGCAAUGUUCCACCACGACCGUCCGACACUGACAUGCAAGAGGGUAAGCAUCUCUUGUAUGGAGGCUCAAUGUCACAACUGGCAAAAUGUACGAAGGCAGUGCUAUGGCAUCUUUGUUUUGAGCAUGACCUUCGCUGUGCAAGAACCAAAAAACAGCUGCUAGCUUCCUUGGUUCAUUGGGUGAUAGACACAUCCUCUGCCAUGGAUGUGACUUCCAAGUCUAAUAAUUCAACAUCCACCUUACCCAUGAUGGAGGAACGUGUGAGAAAGGCGGAGGCAUCAUUGGCGCGAGGCAGUCAAGCAAAGACACUGGCCACCCAUUGUAAGCCGGCGUUGAUAGCUAUGUGCGAAUCCCGACAUCUCGAAUCCACUGGCGUGAAAGCUGUUCUCGCUGAGAGGCUUAUCACAUGGAACACUCAUGCGACUGCCGUCGAUGUUAGUACUCUUUUCUGCUUCUUUAUCAAGAAUUACUCACGAUCUAAUCAGCCUCCACGUCUGUCACAUGAACAGCACGAAGAAGGAAAAACCAGGAAUGCUUCCACUGUUGUAUUGGGUCGAAACACACUCGCACAAGUUCACGCAGACAUGGAGCAGACAGAACUUCCAUCCUGGGUCAGUCCCGCACCAUGCAAUUUUGGCACUGAAACAAGGGGCAAGCUGCAUGCAGAUCAAUGGCUGGCAGCCUGCUCUAUUAACCUUCCUAUAACGCUUGUGCGUCUAUGGGGAAAAGAGCAAGGUAGAAAGCAGAAAAUGCUGCAGAACUUCAUGGACCUCCUCACUGCUGUCACGAUAAGCAGCAUGCUCGAGAUUUCUCAUCAGCAUAUUCAGAUCUACGAGAGGUCUUUGUUGCGAUACCUGCAAACUUUGCGGGAGCUCUACAAGGAAGCGGUCAUCAAACCUAACCAUCACUUGGCUUUGCAUGUCGGUGAAUCCCUCCGAAUAUUUGGUCCUGCUCACUCCACGCGUACAUUCUCCACCGAGAGAAUGAACUACCUCCUCAUGCAGACAAAUACUAAUGGAAAAUUUGGCGAGCUUGAAUUGACUUAUAUGACACACACGUGCCGAGCGGCGAACCUCCGUGCUUUGCUACGGCAUGAUAAAAUCCGCGGUAUAAUGGACGAGUUCAUGACUUGUUAUGAUGGCAUUUACAACGAGGAUAGACGAGGAACACGGCUGCGAGAGUCAACAACACUAGAUGCACAACCGCAAGGCAUACCCGGGAAGAAUAGCAAGGUCACUUCUUUGGAGAAAAAUCAAUUUAUGGCUUUGCUCCAGCUGCUCAACGCCGAGAUAGGACAUGACAUGUACGUUGAUGCCAGGGACGUUAGAAGGACUCCUGGUUGUCAACAGCUGUCCAACAAGGGCACAAACUGUCCGAAAAUCAUGAUCGGAGGUAUCACAUAUCGUCCUCAUAAUGUGGCACCAAAGGAUAGCAACAUCAUCUUUUCCUCACCUCAUACUGCGCAUACUCAAGCAGGAAGGAUCAUCAAUAUCUUCUUGCAUCAACAUCGCGAUGUACAUGGAAAGCUUGUCGAAGAAUCAUUUGUAAGUAUUGAGAGCCUGCAAGAGCUCACUGAGCUAGAUCGUCUCAGUGAUCCAUACUCCAAUUUUCCUGGGGUCGGUGGCAAGCUCUAUUACAAUGCAUAUUCUUCAGAUAUAAAUGUCGUCAGGCCAAGCAACAUUAUAUCUCACUUUGCAAAGACCCCUAUGGAGGUUCAAGGCAUCAAGAGAUCUUGCAUACAUGUGCUACCACUGGAUCGUGUA